AUGUGUAAGGCAAACAAGAGACGAGCAAUCUACAGUCCGCGAUCUGCGAUCUCCGGAUCGUUAUCAGUGGGAUGAGCUCAGCCGGUGCUAUCAUUCGACAGUUGCGAUUUGUGGCGCACAGACGUGCGAUUAACUAAAUCAUCUAACCAGACCCUUCAACCUAACACCAACUCCUUAUCCAUGUACCCGCAACUGGAGACGGAGGCUGAGGCCCUGGAGAAAGCCACGGCGCGGGCCCUUCUGCCGGGGGCCAUCAGCAAGCCGGCGAGUGAAGCUGGCAAGGCUCCGACCGCCAGCAAGUGGAAACGCCGCCUGCACCGCCAUGUCCCGGUCUUCCAAUGGCUGCCACUGUACUCCACCGAAUGGGGAAUCGAUGACUUCAUCGCCGGCAUCACCCUUGGCCUCACCAUCAUUCCGGAGAGCAUGGCCUGCGCCCUGCUGGCCGGUCUGCCGGCUCGCUAUGGUCUCUGUUCGGCAUUCAUUGGACCCCUGAUUUACCUGGUGUUCGGGUCCAUCGACAAGGUCAUCAUCGGUCCCACCAGCCUGGUGGCCCUAGUCAGUGUACAAUUCACGGUGGGGCGACCCAUAGAAUUCGCCUUCCUGCUCACCUUUCUCAGUGGAAUUGUGCAGAUCAUCAUGGGAACGCUGCGAAUGGGUUUCAUCUUUGAGUUUAUAUCCAUGCCAGUAAUCAAGGCCUUCUCCUCGGCCACAGCCAUUUUGGUAAUUGAAUCUCAGUUAAAAGUACUCUUGGGCAUCAAGUACUUAGUGGCUGGUCUCAUGAACUCCGUUGGAAUGCUGAGUUCUCGAAUUGAUGAAUCAAAUAUGGCGGAUCUUACGGUUGGCGUUUGUGCCAUUGUUUUCCUGCUGUUACUGGAGUUGUUGGAACGCGUGGCUCACAAUGAAAACAGAAACAAAGUUCUGAGAAUCUGCUGUCGCUACUUGUCCACCUCCAGAAACACCCUGAUAGUGCUUAUUGCCGGCAUUGUCUCCUAUAUUUGGAUACACAACAGUGGUCAGGUUCCUUAUGCCCUCAGCAAAAAUGCCUUGGCCACUCUGCCGAAUUUCACAGUGCCCAGCCUGGAUAUUGUUACUUCGGAGCGGAGCUAUAGUUUCUGGGAGGUAUUGAAGGAACUGAAUAUGGGCAUUAUUGUAAUUCCCAUAGUUGGAAUACUCACGAAUAUAUCCAUUGGAAAACUGACCCCCAAGGGUUUGGUGGACACAAAUCAGGAACUGCUUACCGUGGGGCUCUGCAACAUGUUCGGCUCCUGUGUCCAGGCAAUGCCAUCCUCGGGAGCCUUUACUCGGUAUGCCAUCAGCACUGCCUGUGGCCUCAAGACGCCCAUGGCCAAUCUGUAUUUGGGCAUCAUCGUGCUGCUGGCCCUGAGCUACCUGAGUCCGUACUUCAACUACAUCCCGGAGGCCACGCUGGCAGCCAUCCUGAUAUGCUCCAUAUUCACGCUGCUGGACUUCAAGCUGCCACUGCGGCUGUGGCGCGACUCGAAGCGCGAUUUUGCCACCUGGUUGCUGUGCUUCUGCGUGUCCGUGCUGUUCGGCGUGGAGGUGGGCCUGUUUGUGAGCAUCGUGGUGACCGCCCUACACCUGCUGUUCCUGUGGGCCCGACCCGAGAUCCGGGUUAAGAUCGAGCAGCUGGAGGAGAUGCAGUAUAUCCGGGUGACGCCAGGCAACGGAAUCUACUUCCCAGCCAUCAACUACCUGAGGGAGCGAGUCCUCAAGGCCUGCACGCAGGCGGACUUCAAGAUCACGGUGGUGAUCGAUGGACAGCGCAUCAGCGGGAUGGACUACACCGCUGCCCAGGGCAUUUCCAAGCUGUCCAGCGAUCUGUGCCGCCAGGCAGACGCCUCCAGCUCGACCCUGCUAAUCCUGUUCAGAUUCCCGGAGCACCUGCAGCGGUUGAUCGACCACACAGACAACCUGGUGUUUUGCGAGAGCGAGGGCAAGGUGAAGGAGUUCCUCACCCAGGAGUCGCUGCGCAAUGGCUACAUCAACCUGAAGGAGCACAUAAGGGCCUCCAUCGAUCUGGGCUAUAAAAUCGACAUCGAUUAGGGACAGCCUCGCCCCCUAGUUAGCUGUUUGUGUUAUUUAUUUAAGUUUAGUUCGAGAAAUUGUCGUCGAUGGAUGGAAAUGGAAGUGGAAGUGGAAGUGAAGGAAAAGUGGAACAAAUGCCUUGAUGGCAGCAAUUUAUAAAAUCACCCUGCACCCGCGCACCCAAUCCCCAAGCCCAACUGACCUCUCGGAGCAAGGGCGAGGGCGCGGGAGACAGCAGGAUGCGGUGCCUCUGGCGACGCCGUCAAUGAUUGCCAAGCUAAUGGAUUUCUGUUUACUUUUUCACUUAGAACGGGGCGCCAAGGAGGAGAAGCGGCAGCAGCAGCAGCAGCUGGAGCAUAAGAAAAAAACAACGUUUUGAAAAAUAGCGCAAAAGAAAUUAGAGGAAAAGCGAAAGCGCACAGCUAACUUCUCUAACCAAAAAGAAGGAAAAAAGAACAAGGUGCGCUAUAGAAAAAGGACGAAAACACAGCUAAAAAGAAACUGCAAGAAAUUAAACUAAAAUCCAAGCGUAAAGUGGAUCAAACGCAGUAAAAACAAGCCCAGGCAAAAUUAAGUUAGUUCAGGUCGAAAAUGGGAUACUCUUUUAUUGAGAAAAUUUUAAAUAUUUGAAAGCACAACCUCAACCAGAGUGAAAUAAGUUAAGUACAAAUUAAAGCGAAUAAAAUGAAUACAUUGAAUAAAAUAA